GUCAUGGCAGAGAAGUUGGAGACCUCUAACCCCUAACCCGCAUAUACUACAGAUAUGAAAUGAUUCAGGUAACAUCUAAUAUUUAAGUAUAACCCACUGUUAAAGUGGGGAGUAGGUGCUGGCGCGAGCUUAAAUGCUUGGAGACACGCGCCCUAGAAAUAAACCUCAAAGUGCGCUCGCGCUCCAGCGGGUGGAAACUUAAUUGGUUUAAAAGGUGCUUUUUGUUUGCGGAGAAAUGAAGCGUCUACUUCCUAAUAUCGGGACUGCUCGUGUGUGUCACCAACACAAUGACGACGUUUAAAAAGGAAAGAAAGGGAGCCAACCGAGAACUGGACAACUGGUUCGAUUCUGGGAGACAUUGUGGGAAACAAUCCUGGCGGAGAGCAGCGCACUCUUAACACCCAGGUGUAACAAUCCUCCUCACACGGCGGACUGAGACCUUUGGACAACAUGACCAGGAAACCACAAAGCCAAACUCCUGAAGAUGGGAAGAGUAGAAAAAGGAUUUUGAAGCCAGUUGUGGAGAAGAAAAGAAGAGAUCGAAUAAAUCAAAGUCUUGCUGAGCUAAGAAAUUUGCUGUUGUGUUCCACCUCUGAUCCCCGACUUCAGAAUCCUAAAAUAGAGAAAGCAGAAAUUCUGGACUUGGCUGUGGAGUAUCUUAAGAAGUGGACUGAUAGGAAGGACUUGAAUAACGACUUCAGGACUCCUGCAGCUUUGGGGAAACUUGGAGCCACAGAGUUCAGAGAUGCUCCUCUCCUCAGCAGCGAGAGUGCAGGUUUCCAGCAGUGUAUGGCCCAGCUGAACCGCUACAUGCACAGGAUCACACCAACACAGAGAACAAGCCUCACCGAGGGACUCAGGCAUCACUUGGGGAGCUGGGAGCCAAAACAAAACUCCACCCACAGCAACACGAUGGAACCUGAUGGUGCGUCUGUGGAGGCAGUUUGCACAUCCGAGAGCAGAGGAGAAUCUCCCUGGCUGCUUUUCCCUUCCCAUCCCUCCUUUCAGCCUCUCUCCUGCUCCACACCAUGCGAAGACUAUCUCUCUCCACCUCCCUCCCCCUGGUUCUCCCCCUCUUUGUGCACAUUUACCGCUUCUCCUUCUUUCCCGUCCUUUGCCUGUCCCUUCACCUUCCCCCACAGCCUAUCACCUCUGUCCUCUAACACCUCCUUCCUUAGUAUCUCACCCACACUUCCUCACACCAGCCCUCUUGGUCUCCACGUCCCCCUGCUAACGUCAUUAAUACCCCCGCUUCAACUCCCAGACAGGGAGGCUUCACCAGCAGACUCUCUGUCAACCAUCUGGAGGCCCUGGAUGGGAUGAGAGGCUGGACAUCUGACACAACGACAGCAGAGCCUCCUAGAGGGAGUUCACUGCAUCUGU